UCCCAGCGGCAAGCAUCCCCGGCUGCUCGGUGCAGACAAGGACAAGCGCUCAACGAAAGCGAGGGAAGAGCGGCGGAAGGCGGCGGCGCGGAUCACCUGACGUCACCUGUUGGGGAAGGGAACUGUGGCCACUCACUACCUCGUUCAACAUGGUGCAACUGUUCAGUGCAGCUUCAAAGCCGCGCACGUCGUUGGCACGCUAGCUAGAACGACUAUUUAGGCCCCGCUUUUCGGCAGCAUCGUGCAGCUUGGCGUCAAUUUUGACGUAAUAGGAAAGCGAGAAAUGAUUCCUGUUUCGAGGUGCAGGUGUCGCGAGAAUCGAGCGUUAUAUGUUUAAAUUGGCCUUAACGGGCACAUGAAAGCAGGGGGAGUGUUUCUCAACCGGCAGGAUGGCGAAACUGCGGUAACGUGCUCACUCGACUCUGCUGAUGUCAGACCUACCUGGCGGUGCACCUGCGAGGCCGUUUCAAGGUAAACGCGAGCCCAUUGGCCGAAGGCGUCGGCGCGUCUACGCAAGGCGAGACCAGAUGGCGCCACAGCCGCGCGCUAUUCGCCACUCCUUGGUCUCGCUGGACGGCGCAGACGAGUUCCUGGCGAACCGUUCGCGACUGUAAACAUGGACAUGGCGCCGGGCGGGCGUCGUCGUAUUAUUUCCAGUGGCCUCCCCUCCCUCGUAGGCCGUCGCUGACGGGCUUUCCUAUGACGUCAGCGCUCAAGGUUGUUUGUAAAUCUGUGGCAUUCUGUGCUGCUGCUGCGACGAACGACGCGGCGGUGGCUGUGGUGGUGCGUGCGUGGUGUUUGUGCGCUAUAACGAAGAGGGCUAUCCCUGGCGCGAGUUCGUGAAUGGUGUCGGUGGCCGUGCGUGAGGCGACGAUGAGUGCGACCGCGGCGAGGCCGCCGCCGAAGCCCGGAUACGACGCCGCGUCCUGCACGACUACAGUAGCGCGACGACGAGCCUGGGCUGCGUGCGCGGCGCGGGCCCAACAACCGUGCCACGUCGAGGAGCAAGCCUUCUUCCCACGACUCGCAGUAGCAGGCGGUGAAUCGUCGUUCCCCGGUGGUGAUCGUUGCCCCCCUGACCCGUGAAGAGGGGCUGGCAGGCGGCCGUGCCAUGAACGGCCCCGAAGGGGGCGGCGGACCCGCCGCCCCCGUUGCCGGGGGGUUGCCGGGCCUCUCGCCGCAAUGGGCACCUCCGCGACAUGCUGUGCCCAAGCGCAAAAUGGCCGUGGUGCACGGCCCACUGGUGCCGCGCAACGCGUCUCCGGGCCAAGAGCUUGGGCCGUGCGCCGACAUGCUGCAGCAAGGCAACCUGCUGGUUGCCGGAACCAUGGACCUGGCCUCGUCCGCCAGGGACCCGGCGGUCACGUCCAGAGACAUACUACUACCCGGGGGAGCUUGUCGAGUGUCGUCGCCACGCGACUUCCACCGGCCGUCCAGGGAGCACCGGUCUUCGAGGGAUUCUCGAGAGCUCCCGCUGAGGAUAGACGUGGGCGCUGCUGGAGCUUCCAGGGACUGUAAUCUGUCAUCGUCCCCCAGUGACUUCUUCUUUCCCCCGAGAGACGUUACCAGAGACAUCGCCAAUUCGUCGCCCUCAACAAGGCUUUCCCGCAGUGGCGACCCGGCGCGUCCCAAGGACGUGACGACGUUGUCCAGUGGCAGUAGCGACAGCAUUAUGAGUGCCUGUUCCUCGACCUCGGUGGCCUCUGUAGUGACUCCGGUGACUCCGCCCACGGCGGUGACCGGAUGCAGUGGUGACGUCAACAUGCCCAGCACGGUCUACGGUUCCAGCCCAGGCCGCAAGCUGGAGGACACACUGGCCGGCCUGAGGCUGGCGCCGCCGCGCGAGAGCGUGCUGGUUCGUGGUCCGGGACUGUCGUCCGCGACGACGAGGCCGCAGGUGACCAGUCCGCAGAUCCUCGAGCAGCACAUCAGCAAGAUCAUCUCCGAGAACGCAGCCAUCGUGGAGACGCUCGACCCGCUAUGGACCAAGCGGUACAUGCGCCACAGCAGUUCAAGCAGCAACAGUUCUUCGACGAGCAGCGGCAUCUGUAGCGGCGAGUCGUCGCGAAGCGGAAGCUUAGGCAGCAGCACCACCGCCAGUAGUGCGCGAAAGUGGAGUCUCGAUCCCUCUGCGACGGCGCUGCGAGGUCGCUCGAAUCCGCGGAGGGUCUCCGAGAGCGCCCUGAUGCGCGCGUCCAUCGCGACGCCUUCCUCCUCGUUGCCGGUCGCUGCCGUGACGUCCACUGUCGCCGCCUCCGCAUCGUCGCUCCCGGACGCUCCUGACGGCAGCAUCAUCCGCGACCUGCUGCUUCGGCACCGGGGCGAAGGCGCCGAUGCCACCGCGGGUGCCGCCUGCCCCAAAUGCGGCAUCUGGUUCCGGAGCGCGGCCACCCUAGAGGUGCACCUCGAGCACUACUGCAAGGCGCCCAACCCACCACCCAAGAAGCGUAAAAUAUCGGAACCUGUGCUCUCGUCCCACCAUGCGGCGGCCGCGUCGCGCUUCCAGUUUCCCCCGGUGUCAACCCGGGCCGCCGAUGACAUGAUGACCGGCCGGGUCGCCUGCAGUUCUGUCAGUGGUGGAAGUUGUAGAAGCAACAGCGUGGCGUCGUUCCUGCCGGGCCCGUCGGCUUUCGACAGUAAGGCACCACCACUGCCGGGACCACCCCCCACACCCUCCGCGCCGGCGCUCCCACCUCUUCCGCCCCUGGUGGCGUCCACUCCGCCCUCUAUGUCACCCCCGGUGCUGACUGCUGCGCCCGUGGUGACCAGCACGGCAAGCACUUCGCUGACCCUCCUGGCUCCGCCCCUGAGGGCGAAUAGGCCCACGUCACUUGCCCUGGGCAGCGGUGCAUCGACGCUGGUUGGCUCCACGCUGGUCAGCCCUGAGACGCCCCGGCCCAAGAAGACGUGUCAGCAACUGUACAUCAAUGGUCACGCUUACACCUACCUGGGACUCAAGUGCUCCACGCGCUCCACCUACUGCUGCAUCUACCGGCCGCAGCCCAUGUACGUGGCGCAGGAGGCGGCACCCCCGGGACUUUCCAUGUACUCAGAUUGGCGCGUCGUACCCGUUGCCGACCCAGUGCCUGGUGUGACGCACGUGCGCCUCCUGACACACUACGACUCGCGCCAGUGGCUCCACACUGGUGCUGGCCACACCACCAUGAGUCCCUGUGGGGCGACAGCUCCCCUGGUGACCCACUCCAGUUACUGGCUCUACCGCAGCCGUGCACCUCCUAAGGAGCCGGAGCCACCUAGGGAGGCCACAGAAAUGGAGUCUUCAACGAGUGCUGCAUCUCCGCAAGCCAGUGUUGACAUGGACGAGCCCAUGCCGUCAGAGGCUCUGGCACCAGAGGAACCAAUGAUGGAGUCUGUUCCAGAUGCCAGUGUGGCCACUGCAGAGACUCCUCAGGUGGUGCCGCCAGUUGUGCCUUCAAUACCAAUGCCAGCCAUGCCUCAGGUGGCACCACUGUUGCCGCCAACACUACCCCCACCACCAGUGCCUCCUGCCGCGCCAGUGCCGAUGGCAACAUCGUCCGAAGGUCCAGGCAGUCCGAUGCAGACGGAUCCGGUGGCAGUGUCGAAGGAAGACACCAUGGCUACUGCCACUGAUGGGAACGGAAGCAGUGGAAGCCCGAAGCGGGUCCGCAUCUUCGAAGGGGGCUUCAAAUCCAACGAGGCGUACACAUACGUGCGCGGUCGCGGCCGUGGCAAGUACGUCUGCGAAGAGUGCGGAAUCCGGUGCAAGAAGCCAUCGAUGCUCAAGAAGCACAUCCGGACACACACGGACCUGCGGCCUUUCUCCUGCCACCACUGCUGCUUCGCCUUCAAGACCAAGGGCAAUCUGACCAAGCACAUGAAAUCCAAGGCACACCACAAAAAGUGCACCGAGCUGGGCAUUCUCCCGGUACCUACUACGGUGGAUGACUCGACCCAGGUGGAUCCGGACACGCUCGCCCGACAGGAGCAGCAGCAACGCGAACGGCCUGCUUCGGAGGACGACGAAGAGGAGGAAGAGGAGGAGGAGGAAGAGGAAGAAGACGAUGAGGAGGAGGAGGAAGAAGAUGAUGAGGAGGAGGAUGAUGAAGGCACACCCAUUGGCUUGUUGGCAGUGGCGGUACCAUCAGCAGCACCUCCACCACCUCUACCCAGUGGCCCUCCUACGAUGACCAUUGCCUGCAACAUCCCAGUGAUCACUCUUACCGGGCCGCCCAAUAAUAGCACCUCAUCACUGGCGCCUCCACCGAUCCCAGCCAUGGUGGCCACUUGCCAAGUCUCCGAAGAGCAGGAAGCCGCGCGUAGCCUUCUGCACCUAUCGGCUCAUGUUCCCGAUGCCGCCACAUGGCCCAGUGAUGGAGGAACAGUGAUGCCCCCCACGUCAAGAACGUCUCCAAUCUCCAUUGCAGCCAGCACCAGCCUGAUGGCCGGGCCAGCCACAUUUGUUGGUGCAACUGGGUCCCCUGGCAACCCCGGAACCUCCUCUGAGCUCACCGUACCAGAAACUGGCUCGUGGCCACAGGGUGGCCUUCCGUGGCUAAGCAGCCCCCCUGCAGGCCACAGGCCUCGCUCUUUCUCCAUGGAGAUGCACGAAAGAGCUGCUGGCAUCGCCGAGGCGGAACCGACCCGGCGCUACUCCAUGUCGUCGCUUGGCCGACACCCUGACGAGGGUCCCAUGGACCUCAGCACGGCCAGGCAGCGACGCCUGGAAAUUCUUCCAGGCGGCUACGUCUCGGGCCAGAAUGUGCGCUCGUAUGCCCGGGAAGGUGGGCUCCUGGGCACGUGUCUCGAACUGGGAGGCCCCGUAUCUGCCGGCAUCUCGCCCCAUCCCCAUGGGGUACCAAUGGCGUCCUCGAGCAGCGAGUCCAUCGGAACUGCCAUGAGUGGCAGCGAGGAAGGCCGCUGCGGGAUCUGCCACAAGAGCUUCACUAAAGCUAGCCAGCUGCGGAUGCACGUCAACAUCCACUACUUCGAGCGGCCGUUCCGCUGUGAGGCAUGCGCCGUCUCAUUCCGGACUCGAGGGCACCUGCAGAAGCACCGGCGGUCGGUGGGCCACUACAAUCGGCUCAACAUGAACCUGGCAUUCGGUGCCCCAUCAGCCGACAACCCGCGGCCGUUCAAGUGUGCGGACUGCCAGAUUGCAUUCCGCAUUCACGGUCAUCUGGCAAAGCACCUGCGUUCCAAGAUGCACAUCCUCAAACUCGAGUGCCUGGGCAAGCUGCCCUUUGGCAUGUACGCUGAGAUGGAGCGCUCGGGCGUCAACCUCAAUGAGAUUGACACCUCUGACUGUGACAACUCGCUCGAAAGCUUGCAGGUGAUGGCACAAAGGCUGUACCAGCAUGGCGAACCAACCGUGGGGUCACCCGUGGCAUCACCUGUGGGUGUGGCAGACAGUGUGAGCCCGCUCAGGGGCGGGGGCAGCCCGCCGCCCGUCAUAGAGGCCCCGCCUCCUCCUCCGUGGGAGGGUGGGGCACUGCGGCCCUGCCACUUGUGCGGCCGCCUCCUCAAAAGCGCCAAAUCGCUCCAGGUGCACCUGCACUGCGACCACCAAGCGGGGGCGGGGCUCCAGCAACCGGAUGACGAGGUGGGCGCUGUCCCCGAGGUCCACUCCCCACCUCUUGCCACGCCCUGGCUCUGCUCCAUCUGUCAGAAGGCAUUCCCAUCGCAGGCACUCCUCCAGCAGCACUUUCUGUCACACACACAGCCAAGGCCUUACGUGUGCGACCAGUGUGAUGCUGGCUUCACUUCAUCUCUGCUCCUGACCAAUCACCUUGCAAACAGCCACCCUGCAGCAGCGGACAACAUACUCCCGCCUAGGGUGCCUCUUGUUCAGAGCCCCGUCCUGUCCACCGUCUGAGCACCGCCUUGCGUUAGUGCGGACAUUUGCCAUUGCUUGGCUGAAGUGGCAGUAGAGGUGACGGCACAGGACAACGGCGGGUGAUGCAACCGCAACGGGAUUCUCUUAUUGGCAACACCCUUCGCAUUGCCUCGUGCAUCUUCGAGCAUGAACUGUGGCAGUGAUUGUAAAGAAGCACCAUUACCAUUUCGCCACCAUGUUUGACCGCCACACUGUCCCACUAUAUAUACAUGUUCCUGCAAGGAUCCCAACUCGUCUUGCGACUAUUCUUCAGUACAUUACGUCGUGUCAUGAUAGCCAGUGCGCUUAGUGACAGUCGCUGGUGUGGUUGCUUGGCAAUGCUUUAUUUCUUGUGAAACAGCUUCCUUGCCAAUGCGUUGUUCCAGCCGCUGGUACUGCCACCGUGUGCGUCGUUGCACAUCUCGCAUGCCGCUCACCAUAUCUGGGCACUUGAUGGCCUGCUCAUCCCAUUAGGGCUCCGCACCACGGCGUCGAGGUGUCAUGGGCUGGUGUUGCGUGCUUGUGAGCGUUGUCCCGCCCCAUUGACCAGCUCCGGCACGGUGUUCUGGGUUGAGCGCGUAAUGAGUCGAGUACCGGCAACUCGCCAGUGCUCGUUAUGUGGGAGGCUCCAGAGAUGUGGUUUUGUUGUGUGUUCAAUGUGCCGUUAACGACGGACAAUUUGAUCUAUUGAGAGUAAGUGCCUGCGCUUCCUUGAAGUGCGGAGAGUCUUGGUGUGAUGAUUGGCAGAAGUGUGACUGUGCUAUUAAUAGGGUAUGAGUGCUUCUUAGUCGAAGCGAGUCGAAUGCCCAACCGCAAGUUAACGCUUCAAGCGAUGGCAGACUCUCCUUUGCACUUUUCGUGCAAAUGCUGCAGUCUGUAUGCACCACCUUUCUUGUUUUCCUCCCUGCCACUUCUGAGGGAAGACCUGCCUUUCACCUCUGGCAGCUGCCGGCUCAAAAUUUUUGCCCUGAUUUGUCAUUGCCGAGGGGCAGGUAGCCAUCCGAGCUUGGGCAAGGUGUAAUGUAAAAAGUACUGCCCACUGUUUCUUUCUAUACAUAUAUCUAUUUUUUUUCUUGUGGGAUGUUUGCCCAGUAUCUUAAUGUGUUGCAUCAACACAGGACUGCUGUGGUUCACAACAGACGGUGUUUUCUGGCGUGCCAUUUGGAGCCCGCUGCACCGAGUGCACCAAGUUCUUUUUUUUCUCCGGUGUUGCCGCCCCUGUACAGUGUCUUUUUUUUGUUGUUGUUUCCCCCCUUCGGUGCGAAAUGCAGAUGCCUCGCACCUGGACUUGCAGUUUACACUAGUCCCUGAUAUGUGGUCUUCUCCCCAGAGCCAUGGUUUAAGUUUUUGAAACCGUCUGGGGGGAGGGUUGCUGCCCAUUACUGUGUACAGAAUGUUGCAGUUUUGUUUGCUUGUUUCUCGUGCGGAGGUGUGUUUAUGUUUGAUAGCGAGAAGUUUGUCUUCGUGCGCCUCCCACAUCCUUGCCCCCUUGCGUCCUAUCAUUAGUGGACCACGCAUGUUUGUUUGUUUAUUCUUUUUGUGAGUCAACCUGGUUUUUUCAAAUUUGUUGCAUUUUUCUGGCCACUCGUAGGCGUUCUCUGUUUUAGUGCGCUUUGUUGCAAAAGUUGCUAACCUUCCUGGCCUUUUUUUAUCUAUGACUGCACCAGCCCGGUUUGAUAUCUUGCUGAGGCUUUCUUGGGCAGUUGUUGCUAUGGCAACUGAUGAUAAGCGUUUGCCAUUAUGUGGUGUCCUGAUACAUCGUGCAUCUUUGUAAGUCAUGAAGCUCAAAGCAGAAUUCGGACGACGUGCAAUGAGGUGCCCGCUCAGGCUAUAUUUGUUUUUGCGACAGCAAGGUGCUGACAAUCGAAGCUUUCAUUUAAUGCUUGUUCUUUAACUCGCUGUCACAACCUGUGCGCCUUGAAUCCAAGCAGCAGAUUGGCUGGCUCACUAGUUAAAGGGUGUUGUUCACCUUGCAUACUUUGUAGCACUUUUCCAUUUGUUAAUGGCUCUCUUCGUCAUUACACAUGGAAGAAAUUCUGUACGACCCAGUGAAAUGCUUAUCACGAUCACCUUGGCUCACACGCUGUCCGAGGCAGCUGCUUUGACUCGUGUAAGCACCACUCCGGUUUGCUUCGUCCUGCUGCACAUCAUUUUUUCUUUCUAAUUCUGCUUGUACACAGCACAUCCGUAACCAGAUAAGCAGCAGAUGCUCCGUCACCUUUACUACAAUUGCUUCAUACACAUAUACUGCAUUUCCCAGGUAAAGUUGAAGCAAUUUUUUUUUCUUCACAGGUCAUCAGGAAAGCAAAAAUGGUGCAUGCAACAAAAAAAGCGCGUUCAUAGGUGGCACUGUCUCUUCGUCCACUUGUCGGUGGCCUUUUCUGCAUCCCAUUGUUUGUUACUUUGAAGCUCAGUCUGUUCCUAACAUGUAAUCAAAAUUUGCAAGGAAGUUUUGCCACCCUUGUGCCAGACCCGUCUGGAUGGGUUUGUGCACAUUGUUUGCUGAUAACUGGUUGUGUAACUGAGUGAGCGUCUUGAAUGCAUACCGCCGGAAAGGCCCAAGUUCACUGCCAUAUUUGCUGUAGCUGGCACGAGCUGCUCGUGUAUGCGUAGGCCGGUGUUAUGUUUGGCAAGUGUUAAGGCUCUGCUGUGACAGUACUCGCACAAGUGGUGUGUGAGGAUGCUUGAUCUAGAUUUGUGUUACCAUACGUGUACGAGUGCCCCAAUUUUCCGAGUGUGUGACAAGAAAGGUGGCUACUUUCACUAAUUUAACACCUAGCAUACCUGGCGGCAAAGCAGGAACAAUGUGUACGUUGGCAAGAAUGUAUGUCUGUAGACGAGCAACGUUUCUCUGGCCCAAGUUCAGUGUCUGUGGGGCCUAAACGAGCUGAAUGAUCUGUGAACGCUAAAGUUGAGCAUCCGGGAUACUGGAAAAUCUAGCCCUCACUUUGCACGGUCAUGGAAUAGAAAGUAAUUCUACUCCCAAGCAUGACUUCAGCAAUGUCCUUAGCCCAUUCCAUGCAGCAAGGUGUAAGUGAAGCUCUCCGAAAAAAUUGCUUCGACUUUCAAGCACUUCCUCAUUCUAGAAGGGUAAUUCACUCACACAUAUGCCCACGAUAGACGUAGUUGAAGUGAGAUUAGUGACCUCAGUUACAGAAAUUACAAUCGGAAGGGUCCCAACUACUCUGGAUUGUCAGGUGCUCCUUGCAUGAGGAAUCCCUUAAAACUUGUCCCAAAUGGGCACCUGCUCGGGGCAUGAAAAGCAUUAAUAAUAACUGCUCAUCACAGGCUGGCUUUCCUACAUUCUCUUUCCGUUUACUGCAGCCAUCAUUUGUUGUGACCCUGUAGUGUCCGGAGCCACAGGCAUGUGUUGAAGGUACCAAAGGUUGGUGUUGUGUGAAGUUGGGGUGUUGAGAGACUGACUGGCCUACUUGUCAGGCAUGUGAUGUGCUGUGGUUGCUGUUGAUGUGGACUACCAUUUCGUGCACGGUCUCCUACGAAUGUCAGCAUCAUCUUGCAAGGUGGCAUCUUGGACUGCCAUUUCCGUGAGUGAAGAGUUGACCACCGUUCUUGUAGAGCAUGAAUUCCCUGUAAUGUCAGCUUGCUUCCCUCGGAGGAUCCACACACAUCUAAUGCAUUUAGAGUGACCAGGGCUGUUGUGCACGGCAAAUAGAAGGCAGGCCCCUUGUUUUCAGUUUAUAAAUGCUGCAGCUUAUCACCAGCCGUUGCGCUUCUCAAUGUGUGCGAUAAACUUGGGUCAAGCUGCCAUUUGCGAGUUUGAAGCUGUGAGACGUUGUUAUGUAAUUUCUUUAUUGGCAGUUGUAAGCCAUGACAGUACUUUUCAUGACAUUGCUAGAAACUCCGAAAAUGAUAAACACACUGUUAAGAAUGCGCAUUCACAUUCCGUAUUUUUUUCUUCAGUUGCUAUACUGCUUUUUGCUGCUGGCUAACAUCCAUUUAAAAUUUCAACCCUUUUCUGCUCAGAGUGUAUGAUCAGUCAGCAGGACAAUUAAGCAUGCAGUUACAUUUAUGUAUGCGCGAGUUCUUUGCUGGAUCUUUGGUAGGGUACUGAAUCUAAAGCGUAUGUACUCUUUAGCUGUUUAUUUUAUUAUUAUUAUUUUUAUUUAUUGUCAUCAUCAUCAUUUCUUUUUGUGUGUGAAUGCAGUGUAGAUGGACUUCAGUCCUUGUUUGAAACACGUGCCAUACAAUAAGUACAAUAAUCAGGGAUCAAAUCUCAGAUGCCUGUGAGAAACAUGCCAGUAGCUAUACUAUAAGCUACUACUAUAUCCAUUUGAGCUUUGCAGUUUAGCUUUCAAACCUUGUACUAAAAAACAAUUAUUUCCUUCCGUGGGCACACAGAAUAUUACAUUGUAGAAAUGAUCGUCAUCGCAUGCAGACGUUUUACAUCUCACGUGGCCGAAGAGAUGUGUGGCUGCAGUACAAACAAUUAAGGGAUGACUGAGCUGAUCUGCUUCCAUCUUAAACUGUGAACCUUCUCAGUGUUUAGCCUACCCUAGGCACUGACGAGGAAUUUUCGGCCACUAUUACAAACAUACUAGAUGCAUCUUUUUCAUUAGAAACAAAGCAGCCACGACCUGCUUUGCAAUCGGUCACUGGGAUGUUGCCCAGGUGCAGUUACUGCAGGUCAUGGUGUGCACAUUAUGUGUGCAAGUUUUCGGGAAGGCAACUGUGUGACUGAGCUGACUCCCCCCCCCCCCCCCUCGUGUUGCAUUGCUUGAAGCUUUCAUGUUGCUCACUGCUUAUGCGCAAUUAAAUUGCGAGAGUCAUGUCUCCCCAUGAUCAUUCAGAUUGGAGCUGUUGGCAGUGGCAAUGCAUGGACCGUCAUUGUGGAAACGAAUACAUUUCAUAGCUGAAUGUGUGAAAUCGACACUUUGACAGCAUUAAAUACACUCGGUCUGCUGUUUCUUGUUGAGCGAGCCAACAUUAUUAUCCAUGUCUGGCAUGGUUUUCAACAGGUGAUACCAGUUACCGUUUGAGGAAGCACCGGGUGUCUUUUGGCCAUUGCAGUUUAAACUUGAUCAAGGGCUCAGUCUGGUGCAUUUGUCACCAGCUGGCGGUGGUAGUGCUGCUGUCACACCUUGAAGCUUGUGUUUGUGCGUUCAGUGUUGAGAUUGGUUGGCUGACAGGAAAAGCGAAUGUUGUGUGCAGUUUUUGGCUGUUGUUCAGACAGGGUAUAUAAUGGGGAUUUUUUUAAAGUCCUUUGUGUUUGGUUGUUGUUGUGGUGUACAUGUGUCUCAAAAAGCCAAUGGUGGGUCUGGUGAGCUGUGAAACGGGUGUAUUGCAAUAACCUGCCUGGGUACCCGCCGCUGACACUUCUGUUUAGCUGCUAUGGACAGAGUGCAUCAAACUGCUGUAUUCCUGCUUUAGAAUUGUCUUUUGUUAUGUGCAUGUGGCCCAUUGAAAGCCAAGGCUGAAUUGAUGCUGGCUGGAGUGUUAGACAAGCAGGCAGUUAAAAAUUGAGAAAGUGAGCCGUGGCCCUUAAGAGAUGCGAAGCAUUUUGACGUGUUGCUUUUGCCUCAUGAUGCCACCUGUCGUCAGACUUCCUUGGUUUCCUCUGCAUCUGAUUUCUGUUUUUUCGGUGUUUUGUGCUUUGCACUGUCCUGUCGACCACAUUUAUGCGGGCAUGCUGCUGUUAAAUGUAAUUCGCACAAAGAAUGUCGCUGAAAAGCAGCACGUGGAAAAAUUGACGACAGCCUGUUGCUUUGUGGUGCAAGAAGUACAUUGCAAAAGGUGAAAAAACAUGGAGUGCACGCCAUACUAAAAUGCACAUACAGUGACAUUUAAUGACUGCAGUGUUAUUGACAGUAAUGACUGAAGCAGUUGCAUAUGCACGGCUGUGCUUAUCCAGGCACAAAUUGCUUGGCCUUCGAUGUUUGGUCAUGGAAGAAAGGGUGAAAGUGAUUGGUGCAUUUAGUUACUGUAAUAUUCAGAAACCGAUGCAAAAGACUGGCCAGACCUAGCAUGAAUAUAGUUUCAACAUUUGUCGGUAGGCAUUAAAGGAAACGUUGCUCACACAUUUCAGCGCUUUGAUUAGUAACUACAACAUUAUGGUACCUUUCAGCCCAAAAUAGUGAGUACUAAACUCUCAGCUUGGCCAGAAAUGGCAUAACUUGCUGCUCUUUAGGCAAGUGAAAGGCUCUGUAGAGCACAUUAAAGGCCUCACGAUUGCAAUACAAGCACCAUUCCAAAGAUCACACUGUAUGUGACUCAUGAAAGCUGAAGCAACAACGGUGGCCAAAUGUGAGCAAAACUGUUGUCAGUGGAGCUUUCUUGCCCUGUUUCCUUGACCUUGUCACAUCAUGCUUUUGUGGCUUGCACAUGUAAGAAACGCACCGUGCAUAGCUUUUUAUGCCAUUUCAAUCAAAUAUAACAUGUUUUUACCUCUGUGGUUAUAAAAUGCCCUCCUCCACCCACCCCUCGCCUGUACCUCUCAAGCAAGUUGGCGGGAGAGCAAAGCUUUUUUUUUUUCUCUAUUGUCACGAGCUGUUAUAACUCUUAAUUGCUGUUAUUUGUUGGUUAUUGUUGUUUACUUUUGACAUGCUUGAGCGCAUUUGCCCUUGCUGCCACCAGAAGAGAUGCUUUUCAAGCACAGAUUGCACUGAGAAUGUUUUUAUACAUUGCAUUUGUCACAUACACACUGACUGAACCGAGCGUCGUGAUUUUUAAAAAAACAUUUUUGUUUAUGGGUGUGUGCGUGCUUGGAAACGUGCCCUAUUGAAACCGGUGAUGACGUCGUCGAGGUUGUUUUGAAGCUGCGCUUUUGUUUGUUGUGUUUAAUAUUGACCGUGGUGGCUGUCGUUUAGGUGUACAUGCCGAGGUGCGAUGGUUUCUGCGAAAACGUUCCCAAGUCGGGAACGAAGCUGUUUGAUGUUGUAUGUUUGUUCGACUACCCCUUCCACAAGCACAAACAAGUGCUCUUGGGAAAGCACUGUCACGGGAGGAUGUUGCUGUGUUGCGUUGUACAGAAAAAAAGAAAAGAUAAAAACUAUUGUAAAGAGUUCCAGCACCUCCUGCUCUUCACCCACCCCGAAGCCAUGUUUUUCCCCCCCUUUCUCGCCCAACACGUUCCGUGCUGAAAGUCUUGUACAUAAAGGGCCGCGAUGCAUCGUUGAUCCUCCCCUCUCGUUUUUCUAUCAGUCUGUUACUCGGCCCGAAAUGCAUUCAGCAGGGAUCCAUACGUGUGUCUACAUGUCGGUCCGGGGUGUGUGCAUGUGUGUGGGGAGCUGGGUCCUUUCUCUCUCUCUCUCUCUUUUUUUUUCUGUAAUGUUAUAUAGGCUGUUAGAGUACUAGGACCACCAAUAAAGACCUGUUUCUGCCUUUGGAAA